UGCGAUAAUGGAGCGCGUGCUCUGGUCACUCAGGUAGAAGAUAGAAACAAACCAGGAAGUGUCUACUACGCGACCGUAUUUCGUGUUAUUUAUACGUUUUUAACAUGUCAAAUGAAGUCCGAUAUUGCGACAGGUGCUCGUACCUCUUUCUCAAGUUCUCGUUAAUCGUAUAUGCAACAAUUUUCUGGCUCAUAGGGGGCUUUAUUUUGGCCAUUGGCAUUUAUGCGGAGGUGGAGAGGCAACAGUACAAAACUCUGGAAGGAGUAUUCCUGGCUCCUGCCGUUAUCCUCAUUGUGCUCGGUGUGAUCAUGUUCAUCGUCUCCUUCAUCGGCGUUCUGGCAUCUCUCAGAGACAACUUGUGCCUUCUCAAAGUGUUUCUUUACAUGCUGGCUCUCUGUCUCAUUUUGGAGCUUGUCAGUGGGAUUGUUGCUUUGAUCUUUAGGAGACAGACAGAGGACCUUCUCAACAAAAACAUCCGCAAAGGCAUGGUCAAUUACUAUGAUGACCUUGAUUUCAAAAACAUCAUGGACUUUGUUCAGAAAACGUUCAAAUGUUGUGGGGGAACCGACUUCACGGACUGGCAGGUGAACAUGUAUCAUAACUGCUCUGCUCCUGGUCCUCUAGCGUGUGCGGUGCCUUACACCUGUUGUCCGAGCAAGCCUUCUGAAGUUGUUAAUACUUUGUGUGGAUACAAGGCCCUGGAGAAAGAGAGGAUAGAAAAUAUAGAUUUGAUCUACACCCGUGGUUGCACUAAUGCCGUCUUCAUUUGGUUCAUGGACAACUGUAAAAUCAUGGCUGGACUUCUUCUGGGCAUCUUAGUUCCUCAGGUAAGACUUGUGGUUGUCAUCUUUACCUGA